AUGCAGAUAUGGAAGCUCCUUUUUACAACUAUCCUCGCUGCGGUGGUUUCCGCAAAUACGAUUCCCGAAUCCUGCACUCGCGCCACUGAGCUCAUCCAAAGUUGUACUCCAAACGAACGGUACACAAUGUUUCUCAUCCCGGGUCGGUUUUCUGGAUGCCUUUGCAGCGCCAAUUUUAGCGAGGAUUCUACCGGGUGUAUCAAAGACGCUGCCAAAGUCCUCCCUCAGACAGAUAUCCACGUGCUCGAAGCAUUCCGAGCGCACUGCGCUCUGUCCAACGUUGGCAGCAUUCCCAAAAACGCUACAUCUGCUAUUCAGCCCGAUGCACGUUACCCAGAUGGCGACGUUCUCGAUUCUAUAGAGUGCAAUGAUAUCCAUACUAGCCUCCAAGGCUCCUUAGUCUUAAGCAACUGGGACUCAGUCGCUCAUCUCUUGUGCUUCGGCGGCAACACCGAUGAAAUUACCAAAGCUUGCUACGACUACAUCUUUGACUCCGAUCCCACCAAAGCUUCACCUUUCGGGGCUCUUCUCGGCUUUUGUUCAAGAAAUUAUCCUCCUUCGUCUAAAAGCCCGAAGACGGUACAGACUUCGGACCCCCAGACUACAUUAUUUCCGAUCAGCACUCCCAAUUCCAUCCAGACGUCAGCCCCUCCAGCUAGUACGGAUAGAGUAAUAAACACCGCCAAUGGUUUAAAAGUUACUCCCCUCAACAUUCUCUUCGUUUUCUUUUUUGGGGUAGCUCUUUCCACCCUAUAA